AGUCAGCAAUGCGGGGCAGUGUCUGGAAAACCUGCCGAAGCACUGGAGCAGCCCUGGGCAGGCUGGGAUGGGACUGGGCAGGAGGAAGGGCUGCCCUUACAGCAAGAGAAAGCAUCCGCUGUGCUGACAGGCUGUGGAGCACCCGAGGGAAGUGAAGCCCUACUGAGUUCCCAAGAGGUGGGACCAGAGGAUAAGGAUCGAAGUCCAGUGGGAGGCUCGAAGCCAUGUGGCCUGGCAGGGGAUGGCCAUGGGAUCGAGGAGCACAAAGGGAGCCCAGUACAGAGCCCGGAUAUCUGCAUGGUAGCGGAGGGGCUCUCAGGAACGAUUGGUGACAAGGAAGAAAGUCCCAGAAUGGUUCUUCAGAUGGAAGAGAUCGAGACCCAGUCGCCUUCAUCAGCUGUGCCCGAGCAUGGCCACCCUCACACCACUGCAGGGUCAGAGCGGGAUAAACCCAGCUCUCCUGCCCCUGUGUCCUUUCCUCAUCAGUCCACCCCUGUCCCUGCAGAGCCAGCCCCAGGCACUGAGACUGAGGCCAGAGAUGUGUCCCAGGGCACCAGCCCUGGGAGAGUUGUGGCCAUAGCCAGGGAUGUGAACCCUGCAGCAGAGGUGGCAGGCAGAGAAGCAAGCCCUGUGGUAGGCAGAGGAGAACCCACGGAUGUGAGCUCUGUAUCAGAGGUGGCAAUACCCUGGGGCACCAAUCCUGAAUCUGAAGAACAACCCCAAGAUGCUGCAUGGAAACCAUGCCAAGAUACAAGCCCUGUCACAAGAGGACUACCCCAAAACACAGAUGCUGCACCAGAGCCCAUCCAGGUCAGAGACCCAGCCACAGGGGAAGUAGCCCAGGACAUUGAUACUGUCACAACAAGGGCAACCCAGAGCAAAGUCCAUGCUACAGAAGAGCCACUCCAGGAGGAGAAGCCCAUGAUAAAAGAGUUCUCAUCAGGGAAGUUGACCAGAGAUGAAGGCUGUGGGAUGGAAGAAUUGUCCCAUGACAAAAGCCCUUGCAUAGAAGAGCUGCCUGCCAAGGCAGAAGAACCAGAACAACAGACCAUAAUAAGAGACCAGCCUCAAGAGGGUCCCAUGGCUGAAGGGCUGCUCCACACUGCAGAUCCCAAAGCGCAGGAGCCACCCUGGGACUUGGAGUUUAAUGUAGGACAAGAUCUACGGUGCAGGAGCCCUACAGUAGGAGAAACUGCCAGGGACAGUGACCUUACCCUGGGGCAGCCAACACAGGAUGAGUCCCCUCCCAAAGAAGAUGCUGAUGUCCUGCACUCCAACGCCCCUGUAGCAGGAUUGUGUCAAGGAAGCAAGACCUACCGGCUCUCUACCUUGAUCUUUGAAGGAGGGGAAGAGCUGCAAGUGAGCAGUGGGACACAUCCAAUAGAGUCGGGGUCGUUGCUGUGCAUGGCUGGGAGGACAGGAGCUGUGUCCCAGGAGCAUGGGGACGUGGUCUCGGGCAGCUGUCAGGACAACGACAGCUACAGGAAAACCUCCGUGGCCUCCAAGAUUAAGAUGUUUGAGCAAAGAGAAGAGGAUCGAAGGGCAGCCCAGGAGGAGCAAGAGUCUAUGCCUGAAGCUGGGACAGCAGCAGAAGCAAUGGGGAAGAUGCAUCUGGCAAUGCCUGUGACUCCAGUGGGACCUGCAUCCAGUGUGGGCUCAUCAGCCCUUGGGCAAGGGGCUGGUUCAGGAGACACCUCCCAGGCUCUGUCUCUGAAGGAAGAUGUUUCUGUUGACGUGGAGCAGGAAGGAGAAGACAGUGCUGACCUGGCCUCCCCCGACUCUGGCUGUGAACUCACACUGGCGGAAGCCGUGAGCAAAUCUCAGGAACCAAGUGGGGAAGAAAAGGAUUUAUCUGACCCGUCAAUAAAAUCCAGCCUGAAAGAAGAGAAUUUAAAGACUGCUGUUCCAGUGGUCUCCCAGAGAGCGGGCUUGAGGGAGGGCACAGAGGAGAGAGCUAAGCCACCGCGGCACAGGGCUCCCGAGAGCGACACCGGCGAUGAGGAGCAGGACCAGGAGAAGGACUCGGUCUUUCUGAAGGACAACCACUUGGCCAUCGAGCGCAAGUGCUCCAGCAUCACGGUCAGUUCAACCUCCAGCCUGGAAGCAGAGGUGGACUUCACAGUGAUCGGUGACUUCCACGGCACAGCCUUUGAGGACAUCUCCCGGAGCCUGCCUGAGCUGGACAAAGACAAGAGUGAAACGGAAGAUGAAGGCCUGGUUUCCUUCCGGGACAUUGACAAAGUAGUUCCAGGACUGGAAGAGGAUGUCAAAGGCGGGGAGAAGGUCUCCCAGCCCAGGCCAGAUGCCUCCCAGCUAGAGUCAUCAGCCCCGAAAACUGAUGCUGUGACCAUCGGCCAGGGGCUGGGCAUGAAGAAGCCUGAAGCAGAUGGCUCUGCUCCCCACCAGGUUGGCACCACAGAUGCAGCCCAGGUGGAAGGAGGCACCCCAGGCAGCAGGGACACUACAGCCACUGCUCACGCUGGCACCACAGAGCCAGAUCACAGCACCAAGGCUGGGAAAGGGGCUGUUCCCUCAACAGAUCUUCGCUCCCUCUCACCGAUCACCAGCAGCUCUGCUGGGAAGGACGUGCUCACCAGCAUAUUCAGUGCCACUGCGGAAACCCUCUCGACUUCCACCACUACCCACGUUACCAAGACUGUGAAAGGAGGGUUUUCUGAGACCCGAAUAGAGAAGCGCAUCAUUAUCACAGGAGAUGAAGAUGUGGACCAGGACCAGGCACUGGCUUUAGCAAUCAAAGAGGCAAAACUACAGCAUCCUGACAUGCUGGUAACCAAAGCUGUGGUAUACAGAGAAACAGAACCUUCUCCAGAGGAACGGGACAAGAAACCUCAGGAAUCUUGACCAACAUGUUCAUGGAAGUCAGCAUCUGUGUUCAAACCUGGAGAACAGCGGAGAAGGAGCCUUCAUGCUGGAUUUGUCAGCAAGACGUAGACAUCCUGGCUGCAAUGUUCAUGGCGAGAGACAAAAAUUUUUAACAAAGGAAUAGCAAAUAUAUUAUAUAUAUAUAUAUACAUACAUACAUAUAUAUAUAUAUAAAACCAGGAAACAAAAUGCAUCCUUGCACUGCUGCUAUAUGCUGGAAAUAAUAGCAAACAACACCACCAACAAAGCCAACCCUCUGCAGAUAAAUUGAAGAAUUUACUGGAUUGGUGAUAAAAUAAGAUUAAAAAAAAUUAAAUCAUAAUAAUAACAAGAAUAUUGUUAACAAUAAGCCACCAUCUUGCAUGUUACAUUAAAGGAUACACAAUCAUGAGUUCAUUUGUUGCACACUGAAUGGAAAGGAAAACUGCUUUGCAACAAAGCAAGAAAUAAGCAAACUUGAAAUAAAAAUAACAAAACCACAAGCAGAAGCAAAACCAUUCCCCACCUCUGGAAAGAAGAGAGAAAAACACUGAAUUUAUUACCUUAGAGUUAUUUUCUGAUUCACAAGUGUCGUUUUGCCCUUCUCUUUCCAUGCUGGUUCUUUUGCAUCCUUUGGGGUUCUGUUAACUCUUCCCCUUCCUCUCCUUAUCUUCUCCUCUGUGCACUUGUCCAACCUCUUGUUCUCUGAAGGUAUUUAAGAAGGGGUUUCAUUUCAAACAAAACAAAUGAUAUGUAUAUGGUUUCUCAUUUAUAAAGAAGCAGGCUGUAGGGGUUUCAUAUGGAUGUGCAUUUAAGUUAUGUAUAUUAUUAUAUAUAACGAGGGGGGAGGGAGGGAACAAUACUGAAAUAAUUCAACAGUGCUGGUAAAUAUGACAUUUUUAAAUUAUUAACUCUUUGAUGGACCGUGGUUGGUGUAUUUUGAGACUCUUGGAUCACACGUGGGACUCCCAGUCCUGCAAGAAGAGAACGGGGAAGGGUUCAGCCGCUGCUGGAUCUGGGGAGGAAGGGAAGAGGGUGAGAGAUGGGAGAUGUCCUGCCGGCUGAUCUGCAGUGUGUGAUGGUUGGAUGUGGAGGGGCAGUGGUGACUUGGAUGGGCAGGGAAGGAGGUUGAGGCUGUGGCUCCAGCAGCUGUAGGCAGGAUCUGGCCCUCACCCAGAGCUAUGGGAAUCAGCUGAGAGCAAGGUGGCAGCCGCAGGACUGUGUUCAUCGCUCACCUCCAGCCCAUUGAGCCAUGCCGGUGGUUGGGGUGGUUUUGCUUUGUUUCUGGAUCCCAGUGAUGAAGUUACUUGAGCUUUGUAGUAGGGUUGAAGGCAGAGGGGUUGUUUCUGCUUUGCCUCUCCUGCUGCCCAGGGUGUGAUGGCAAGGGCUGCCCGAGGCACUGUGGCUGGUGACAGUGGUGGCAGGCUGGUGGCAGUCCUUCCCAGACCUGCCUAGGGAUGGGCAGUGGAAAGACUGAGCUCUCUCCAUCCCCUCAGAGUGUCCCCAGCAUCCCAGGCUGGACAAGAGAGCCCCGGCCCUCUGCUUAAGAAGGUGUGUAUGGAGGAGAUGUCAGUGGAGAUGCCUUCCCCCAGCUCAUCCCAGCUUCGGCCCUUGGCCACAUGCUUCCUCUAUGGCUGCCUUUGGAAGAGGAUCAUGGGCCAAGCCCAGGGCCUUGUACACUGUGAACCAGGCAGUUAGGGUAGACUUGGAACCAAAAUGAGAAAGUAAAGGAAAUAAACGGGUUUCCUUCUUGGAAUCGCCUCUAGCUCCUGCGGAAACAGAAGGGCCCAUGACUCUGCACCAUUUUGCCUUUAGUCUCCCACCCCUCACACAGACUGUGCCCAGAAACAGGUUCAUUUUGCCAGGUCCUGCAGUGGCUCGGAGGAUGACAGAGAGCAGGAGAGCCUGCACCACGAGGAUGUGGGCAGCCUGGGCUCACUGCCUCUGCUGUCCUAGGAGACAGCCUGCUCCUUGGCAGCCGCUGUUCACCACCACAUCCCUGGAAAGUCUGUUCUCCUUCUGGCAGAGAGGUUUCUCCUGCAGGUGUGAAAGGCGUGAGCACAGGCUGCUUGGGAAGAGAACAGAGCUCCUGGCUGGUGCCAGUGCUGCCAGGUUGUGAGGGUCUCCCCUGCUUCCAUCCAAGCGCCUUUAGUUAGAGACCAGGCCCCCAACCAAAAGAGUGAAAGCAGUUGUGAAGAGGCUGCUUUUCUCUUUUCCCAGUACCCCAAACCAGUUGUAAUCAGCAGUGGCACUUUUGGAAAGAGGCGGGGAGGUGGAGGACUUGUGGUCUGUACAACAGGGCUGGUGUUCAGCACACUGUGUGUUCCAUGCCCUAAGGAGCCCGCCUGGCUUGGACCCCUUUAGGAUGCAACCAGAGGCUACUGUGAAGCUAGAUACUUGCUUUUGACACCGUGUAGCUGUAAAACUGAAGGUUCCUGUUCAAAUGAUUGGCCUAACAGGGUUAGACUUGAUGUGCGCUUGGUCUGAAGUGAGUUACAUUUGGAGUGAGGCGAUGCAGUCCCUGGCUUCCACAGUGUGUUCAGUGGGUGACAGUGUUUAGAAACUAUAGAGAAAAACACAAGGAGAAAGGAUAGGGAAAAGCUCCCAGCUUGUUCAGUGGGCGAGGUGUGGGGUUCCUGUUGCUCAGCACCACCUGCGACCCCCGUGGGCUCUGCUCCCCCAGCCUGCCCAUCCCCUUACUCUGUUUCAGAUAGCUGAUCACUGCUUGCUUUCUUCCCGGGACCUUUCUGUUGAAAGGGGUGGGAGACACGAGUGCCUGUUUUUACCCGAUCCCACAGACUCAUUCCAAACCUGGCCUGCGAUUGCAUGAGUAAUAAUGGCAGUAACAGUAAUAAUAUUUAUUUUUAUUUGAGAAGCACCUUACCAACCAACCGCAACGCUCUGUUGUUCCUUCACUAACUCUCCUUUUCCCUUGUUCUCCCUCUCCCCCCUUUGGUCAUAUUCCUUUUCAGUGCUUGGUGGUGUAUGCGUGUGUGCUCACUGUUCUUGUACUCAAUAAAAGUGAAAUAAAUGUGUUUGAUGCUAAAUCA